UUUGUCACAGUUUUACGGGUCGCUUCAGUCAUUCCGGACUAUUCAUUUCUUCUCAUAGGUGUUUAUUGACGAAAAGCUGCGGACUGCAGUCAGACCUCUUCAUCAUGUCCAGGCGCAAACUCGGAAGCCGACCGCAACACCUGAGCGUGAUUCAAGAUGCCCCAGAGUCCAGUGAGACACAAAGCUCUCUCCACACUUCCGAUCACAUGUCUGGCGGCAGCGAUCUCUUGACGUGUGGUCAGUGUGGUCAAGCUUUCCCCCUCGCCCACAUCCUCACUUUCAUCCAGCACAAGCAGGGAGGAUGCAACAGCACCAGGACAGGCUUUCAGAACCACACCCCUCCGUCUCCAGCCAAUCACAUCCUCCAAAGUGGCCCGAACACACAUCCGGACCCGGGCUACGUAGAUCUGAGGAGGACAAGCGGCAGACGAUGGGAGAAAGAGCCAGGUGCGAAGCUGGAGACCAACCGAGCAGACGAGCCAUCCAGCUUCACCUGUCGUGUAUGUGAGAGUGUGUUACCCAGUGCGUGGGCUCUCCUUCAGCAUGCCCAGCAUACACACUCCCUUAAUCUCUACCAACUGGAGUCCAACUACUACUCUAAACCCAAACCAGCAGCCAUAUUGGAUCCACGCCACCUGGGUGCCACCCUGGCCUCUGCCUUCCACAGUUCAACCUCCACCACAAAGCGUUUACCUCGCUCACACCAGCCUCAGAGUCACGCCUCAUUACCAGCAGGUCAGGAUCUGCAGGGUUUGAACUUCUCAUUGUGUCUGCAGCGUCUAGCCGAGGUCAGCGUCGGGAACGGCGGGGUUGUGCCAUCACCAUCCCCGUCUCCACCUGCUGCGUCUCCUUUUCCUCAUUCCACCCCUUUAAGGGUGGGCGCCUUCUCCUGCGAAGUGUGCGGUCAGAGCUUUCAGUCGCUGCGCAGCCUCUCCGCCCACAGACGUACCCAUGCCUGCGAAAAGCCCUACCACUGUAACGUAUGCCAGUUAUCCUUCGCACAGAGUGGCGAACUUACCCGGCACAUGAGGAGCCACCGGAAAGGUCCGGAAACUUUGCUGAAAGUGUCGGAAAGCUCAGCCAUGAAUGAGGAUGUGAAGCUUCAGACCAGAUUUUCUCAGGGGUUAGGUGAAGGUGGGCAUCAAGAUGAACAUGCAGGUACAGGUCUUAUUCUCCUGUCCUCCCAGUCCAGAGCUGGCAUGCUGAGGUACUACCAGCCACAGGCAGGGGUGUAUGAAGAGGGGCAAGGGGAACCACAGCACCCCUCUCCUUACGGAAGCCCCUCAGAGGGAUCGUUAGACAGUGGAGAGACGGGUGAGAGUGGCAUUGCCAGCGGCAACUGCACUCCCAAGCGGCCUGAUCGAGAAGCAGAGAGAGAAGGUGACCUAGAUGCAGAGACGGAGGUCAUAAACAUGGAUGUAGCUCAGGACUGGCAGCUGGAAAACGAUAGACGCCAGCCUACAGGUCGCAAGAAGAGAGAAGAAGCAUGCGAGUUCUGUGGCAAGCACUUCCGUAACAGCAGCAACCUCACCGUGCAUCGACGUAGCCACACUGGCGAGCGUCCUUACCGCUGUGGAUUGUGCAGCUACGCCUGCGCCCAGAGCAGCAAGCUCACUCGCCAUAUGAAGACCCAUGGUGCUCGCGGCACUCGCGCCCCCUUUCAGUGCCAGCUCUGCUCUGUGCCCUUCACAGUCUACGCCACGCUGGAGAAGCAUCUCAAGAAGACUCACGGCAUCAGCCACGCUGCAGUCGGGACCUACAGCCAGGCAGCCAACCUUACCAUGAAACUAGAGGAUGAUCCCAUACCAACAGAAGCUAAUGAAUCUGAAAAACUCAAAGAGGAGGAAUCGGAGAUAAUGGUCAGCUCAAACGGAGUGCCCUCACUCACUCCUGAGGUUACAAACGUGGAGUAAGGUCUCACUUCGAACACUGUCUGAGCUUCACUGUCCAAGCACGGUGGGAUUCUGCACAUGGAUUAGCGAUCAAAGGGACCACCACCACCACACUGGCCACUUGGAUCUGAUCCUACCCAGCCAUUUAUCCAUUAAUAAAUCCAACAAUCGUACCAGACAUACAUUCCGCCAUGUGUGUAGCAAAAGUGAUCAAAUAUCCAUAAUCUGGAUUGCAACCAAGUGCCUAAAAGACUACUGAGAUGCCUCUUAUAAGGAUUCAGGACUUAUUUAAGGUGUAUUGCACUCACAUUGGUGAGUGAAAUGUGAUAUGACUUGUGACUGUCCCAUCUGUCCAGGACUAAAGGGACAUUUGUAAUGGAACAUAGGACACUUGCAUUCAUGGAGAUACUGCAAAGUCUGUCAUGAUGAAUAAGUUUGGUGGCUCUUAAUGGCAAUAGACGUAAUUCCUUACUUAUGUUCACAUCGGCAGUAGCUUUCAACCCACUUGGCCCAAAUUGCUCUACGUUGCUAGUUUAAUUUUUAGACUUGAUGUUAGUGCUAGAAUAAUGGUUAAGUUACAUGAGGACGUCCGUAGUGGUUUCUUCAAACUCUUUUGGUUUCCUUUACUGUCAGAUGCACUUUUCCAGACAGAAUUUUAGUUCUGAAUGGCACUGGGGUACUGCUGGUAAAGUGGGUGUUAAACAGCAACGUGGCUCCCUGAAAAUUGGAUUAGACACCUCAAAGGUGGAUUUCCUACUCUAAAUUGUCCUGGGUGUUGCCCUUGUAAUGGACCGGCUCCCUGUCCCUGUCGUGGUUGAACCACGACCCUGGCUGGAAUUAUUUGGGUAGUAAAAAUGAAUGAAUAAAAGAAUUGCAGAGCACUUUGUGGACUUGUCUUGUAACUUAACUUAAGGUUAGCAGGUGGAAUUUCUCCACAGUUUCUUCAUUAUGCUUGGCAU